UAUUGCGUCGCUGGAUUGAAGUAUAGCGUCAACACCACGAAUUAGCCAGGUGACGUCUUAACUUGGUUGUUGGGCUUGGCGCUUAGUUCGGUAAACGCGUUUGUAGUUGCGGCGGUCGCCUGAGCCGCAAACAAACAAAAAUACGUUUCUCGACGCAUCUUCCACCAGCGACCAAAGCCACGAAUAAUGACCAAGUUGACGGGUCUGUGGCCGUGAGUUACAACCAGCAAAAUAUUCUUUUAUGUUCCGCAACUCAAUGAUUCUACGACAGGUUUUUGUGCGGAAUCAAUAGGUAAGUGAGGUAGGUUUUUAUUCCGAGUAUUUGUUUGUAUUUUAAUUGGCGCUGUAUGGCACCUCAACCAUUCCCCUCCACCCCGAGGCUACAAGGGAAUGAGGCGGUUCCCACACCCUCUCCGGGCACCUGGCGGCACCCGCGGCUCAGGGAGAUUGUUCAAAGGCAAAACGCUUCGACAUUCGGAGACCGGAAUAUUAAGAAAAUCGUCUUGAAUGGCGGUUGUUUAGUAGCUUCCGGAUUUUUGGGAACUUCAUUCAGACAAUGUUCACUAUGGCUAGGCUCCAUUCUCAAUAUUCCAACAUAUCCCGACUUGGUUCUCAUCGCUCUUCGUCUUGUCCUUCUUGUGAAUAUCGCGCUUGCCCUAUACCCGCUAUAUCGCCCAAAAGAUAAUUUAUCCGACAUACCUCUAACACCCUCCCAACGGUCACUGCUCGGCCUCGACCCUAGCCACAGCGCGCCUGCUACCCCUGGAACCAACUAUAUUACUCCUCCGAGAUAUCGAUUAUCCUCUGGCUCUCGAACCGCGAGCCCGAUCAGCCCAAGUUCCUUACCAAUCUCUGGGCUGUCUGGAAGCCAGUCGACCGGCAAAUCUCAAGAUGGGGCGCCUUAUUCGCCCUCACCAAGCCCGUUAUUUCACAAAGCAAUGGGAAACGGCACGAAAGAAGUGCGACGAAGACAGAGUUUUGGGUCUCCGUCUCCUUUGGGCCGGUCGACUUUUAGGGAAGGGAGGGUAUUGCGAGUGCCGUCGACACCUAGUCCGAGCGGAAAUGGGAACGGGAAUGGAAAUGGGAAAAACACCAACGCGGUGCUUACCAACAAAUGGUUAUAUGAAAAGACACGUUCAAUGUCUCCCACUAGUAGUGUUUAUAGGUCGUAAUGGCUUUUCGUGGGACAGAAGUAAUUUGCAAAGGCGCAAUGGGACUGAAUGGGACUGAAUUGGGCGGCGUGGAUUAGUUGCUCUUCGUUGUGUUUAGAAAUUUUUUUAACGUAUUUUUACUUUUUCAAAGAAUGGGACAGGAUAUUGUAGCUCGCUGUAUACCCCAUACUACCUUGUAUUCUGCUUGGCUAGAUGGAACGGUCGCCAAAUUUGCGCCCAAGCUAAAAUAUCGCGGAUGUCCCGUCAAACUUUCCCCAAACCCUCGGCCUUGGCAGCUCUCUCAUCACGCAUCCAGGUCUGGGCGCAGUGAAACCAGUAAAUAUCAACCUAGCCUGUACGAGCUUUCGCAUCUCUAGCUGCUCCAGUGCUUUGCGAUAAUAGUCACCUAGGAGUUGCUUGCUUCGCCUCAUAGUUUCAGAGCUAUUACGUUGUGUUUGAUUGCAUGUGUUUGUAGACCAGACCGGCCCUCACGUUAGCUUUCCCCGCCAGGUCAUGGGAGGUUCCGAGUCCAAGCUGGCCUUUAAGCAAGGCAUCUUUCGACUAUCAGAAGAUGCCGGCAUUGCCGCCGAUGAUCCCUAUUGGACUGGGUUCUGGGAACUCCCCGAGUCGCCCGAAGAUGUCUUCAGCCUGUUCUCUCCAGCCGACAUACGACGAACCCGCGAUGCCUCAAUAGCAAAUCUAGAGACCUUAAUAUUGGCAAUCACUUCCCGUCUUAUCAUCCUCAAAAACCAUCCGUCAUUCCCGGACCCCGAACUCGCCCCUGACAGAGACGCACUGAACUGCAUCCGUGUUCUCACUCGUAUCCUUCCCUUCAUUUACGAAUCAGAAAGUUUAGAGGCAUGGGAGGAGAAAUUUUUCUGGGGGAGGAGGAGAAAAAAACAUCGGCAUGCACAAAUUGCGUCCCAGGUUUUGUUCGAUGAGGCUAGCUUAGAGGAUGAAAUGCGUCGGCCAAAUCCAGGGGAACAUGAGAACGAUUACUAUGAUGCUAAACCAUUGGCAGAAGAGCUCAUUGACACUUUAAUAGAUUUGCUAUUUUACAGUGGAUUUACUAUACCGAAAAUACCCAAUGCGAAGGGGAAAGUAUCGUACUCAAUAUGGCAGAGCGGGGUUGGGUGUACGACGGCAAUGGGAUCAAAUAAAGAAUUGGAAAGCAAUCGAUGCGAGAUAUUAAGGCUCCUAUUAACGCUAACAAGCCAAUCUAUGUAUAUGCCUUCGAGUUUACUCCCAGUUAAAGGAGUGAAAGCAAUUACAUACCUUGUAACCUGUCCCGACAAGCAAGUGGUCCUGUCACUACUGUGCUCUUUGUUAAACACGACAAUUAAAUACAAUCCAACUCCGUGGGGGUUACCCUAUGACCAUGUUGUCUGGAAAGACCCUAAGCAAAUCCUUGUCAUCUAUUGCCUACAGUUUCUUCUGGUGCUUCUUCUCUAUCCGAUUCCAGAAGAUGGGCGUGGGACUCCUCCAAAGAACUACUACCGGCACUUCUAUGGCCGCUUACACCGCCCUCAGGACUUCCAGUUUAUAGUAGAGGGAAUGACAAGAAUUCUCAAUCAGCCGAUGCAAGCGACGACGUCAUACCUUCCUGGCAGCCAAAAAUCAGUGAAAUGGGCUCCGGAGAUGAUCAUGUUGUUCUGGGAAGCACUCCAGUGCAACAAGCGCUUCCGAUCAUAUAUGAUCGACUCAGCUCGGGCGCAUGAUUUUGUUAUUCUUUGUAUUUUCUAUGCUAUCGAGUAUAAAACCGAUCCAUCGAAACUGGGUGUGGUGAAAAUGUGUAUAUUUGUUUUGCAGACGCUCAGUGUUGAGCCGAACUUUGGAAAGAACCUCAAUAAGAAGUUUGAAUCCCAGGAUACGUUGCCGCAAAGCAUACGACUGCAAAAUUUCCGAGGAUCGUAUGCUGACUUCUUGAUCAUGUCCAUCCAUACUCUUUUGACCACGAGUAAGGGAAAGCUAGAUGCAGUGUACCCGGCAUUGCUAGCUAUUAUCAACAAUAUUGGCGCCUAUUGCGAACAUCUAUCCGCGACAACCUGCUCCAAAAUUAUUCAACUCUUUGUUUUAAUGUCCUCCCCGAGCUUUUUACUAGCGAACGAAUCGAAUCAUAUACUGCUCCAUUCCCUGCUUGAGUUUGUCAACUCGGUGCUGGAACACCAAUAUAGCAAAAAUCCCCUGCUUGUAUACGCUAUCAUGAAGUCCUCAAGACGUUUUGAGGCCCUCCGUGCUUUCACUCUGGAGAGUGGACAAGAAGAGAUAGAAAGGCAAAACCAGCGAAUAAAAACCAACUCAACCGGUAGCACUACUGACACCCUUUUGAGCCCAACACUGUCUCAUUCCGGAGACGACAAUAGUGGCUCCGGAGCUGGACGACGACAGUUAAGUCAUGUCCCAGAAGAUGACACUUUCGCGAUUGGAGAAGAUGAUUCAGAUGAAGAAGGACACGAGCCACAAAAUGCCCCUUCGCAAUUACCUUCCCGCGAAAACUCCAGAGCUGCUUCAGUCACCUCGGGCGCUGAUGAAAGCGUUCCGCUCCAACUUCGCGGAAUGUCUGAGAAAGCGCGCGGGAAGAUGCCCGCGAGUCAAGUAACCUUUUCGAGGCAGAACAGCACCACAAGUCUAAGUAGUUAUACGCCGACUAUUCCUGCUAGCUCCGGUGGCUUCGUUCCUACAGCUUCGUGGAUCGAGACUUGGGUCCCCGAGCUACCAUUACACACCAUCAUCACUUUAAUCUCUGCAAUAUUCCCGCAUAUUCCCUCAUCCGCACUCCAAUCAACCCUAAGUCCAGAUGCACGAACAUUCAUCUCCAACCUCCCCUCUUUCGCCGAGGAGCCGCGAGUCCACGCCCUCCUAGCUGAACCAACGCCCAUCCGAGUACACCUGUUCGAAUGGUCCCCCUUGUCCCUCGGUUGGUACGAGUCACUUCUGUGGGGAUUCAUAUUUGCCAGCGAGAUGUUAGUAGGAUCUGCAUCGGGAUCAACACCAGGAGCUGUCGGGGUGUGGAAUGGGACGGCCAUCAAAUUAUUUAAGGUGCAGGAGACGGCUGCCCAAGGCCCGACGCUGCUGGCUCCGAAGGGUGCUGUGGAUGCAGUGGGCAGCAACCUUGUACAGCGUAUUGGGAACUUCAAUAUUCGUGGGCGCGGAAGUGGAAGUGGGAGCGGAGGUGGGUCGCAAGAAGGACAGAGUGAAGCCGGGAGCGUCAGAGUGAGGGAUGUUUGAGGUAAUUGAUUAUUUCAAACGUUUAGCACUUUACCUACCACAGCAAGCUGGAGGGCUUCUUCGUUCUCUUUUUCUUUUCCCUUAUUCUUUCACACUAUUUCGCCUUUGUUUUUGUAUUGACCUUUUGGGGGUAUUGCGUUUAGCUAUUGCAAUAUUUUCUUCUCCUUCACCUUCUAUUCUCUUUGCGGGCUGUUUUCUCUUUCUCUUUGGCAUAGCGUGUCCUGUUCUACUCCGUUCGUUUGGCUCGGAUAACUCCAUAACUCCAUUGUUAACUUGGCGUGUUCCAUCGUUUUAAAUGUAUGUUGUAGAUAUGUCUAUAGUUAGAAAUAUUUUAUGGUUGGCAAUCUCCUCCCACCCACUCCAAGCAGGAGAUAAGAUUAUAAGAAAAUGCCGUGAAUAAUUUCGCCAUGGUUUUGCGAAUACAAAUAGUUUUACUAAUAGCUAUUGUCAGUUUUAAGUUACGUCCCAUGUGGU